AUUAAUGAAGAUUGAAUUGUUUACUAAUAGAGGAAAAUCAAGCUCUUAUAAAAAAAAGUGAGUAUCUCAAACAAAAUCUAAUUGAAAAUGAAGAUUGAAGGGGUCACUUUCUUUAUCCUUGUACUAGUACAAAAAAAAUAAUAAAUCAACUACGUAUAUAAUACAUAACUCCAAUAUACAAGGCCCAAAACCCUAACCAACAUAUCUUCUACUUUUUGUAAAGAGAUUGUCAAUAAUGUUAUAUACUAAUAAAUCAACCAAUUAAAAAAUAUACCAAAUCAGAUUUGUUCCCAUGGACUGUCUUUCAGAGAUCUUCUCUUCCAAAAAAAUCAAAGAUCAUGAUCAACAACAAUUGAUUCAGAUUCCUUCUACUCCAUGCCAACCACACCAUCAAGAUCUUCCCACAAAUGAUCCUAAUUAUAAAAGGAAACGAUCGAUAAGUGAUCAUAAAGAAAGAGAUUCUUUAACCAGAAAGAAGUCGGUUCAAAAAAAAGUUUUGCAUAGAGAUGUUGAAAGGCAUAGAAGACAAGAAAUGUCUAAUCUUUAUGCUACUCUUAGAUCACAUCUUCCUCAUAUCAAGGGAAAACGUUCAUUACCAGAUGACAUGCAACAAGCAGUGAAUCAUAUCAAAAACUUAGAGAAUAAUAUCAAAGAACUUGAAAUAAAGAGAAAAAAACUUGAAGAUUUGGUCUUGUGUUCUUCCAAGGAGGAUAAACAUUUUGGUGAUUAUGUGAAAAUAAACUUAUGUGAUUGUGGUGUGGAGAUUUUGAUCAAUGAAAGGAUUCCCCUCUCAAGAGUACUUGAAGAGCUAGUAAAGAGACAACUCAAUGUUGUUAGUUGUGUCUCAACCAAAGUAGAUGAAAGAUUACUCCAUAGGAUUCAAAUUGAGGAGAGUGAUGUUUCAUGCAUGUGCAUGGAUGGUCUAGAACAAAAGCUUGCAGAGAUGAUUGUGUUCCACUCUUGAGUGAAGAUUUGGGUGGAAGAAGGGACAAAUUUGAUCCAAUAUAUAUGUGAAAGCUGGAGGAUAUUUUGAAUCAUUUCUAAUACGUUAAGGAU